AUGGGAGAUCGCAAAGCCGUGAUCAAGAAUGCCGAUAUGUCCGAGGAAAUGCAGCAGGAAGCGAUUGAAUGCGCGACACAAGCGCUCGAGAAGUACGUUUGCAUAAUAAGUCGCAUUUUUUGACAACAGUUCUUUUUGAGGUUACGCUGUUUGUGAUAUAUUUUUUUCCUGUGACUGUUCUCGACUUUUAGAUACAACAUCGAGAAGGAUAUCGCUGCAUACAUCAAGAAAGAAUUCGACAAGAAGUACAACCCCACAUGGCAUUGUAUUGUUGGCAGGAAUUACGGCUCGUAUGUUACCCAUGAGACAAAACAUUUUAUUUACUUCUAUUUGGGCCAAGUAGCCAUUCUGCUUUUCAAGAGUGGUUGA